AAAAAAAUUAACAAAAUACAUUAAAAGACUCUUCUGGAAUUUUCUCAGUGUGUAAGUAGUCGUUAGAAACAAAUACCGGGUUCUAACAUAAUUCAAAAAACUACACAAGUGUCGAAUAGUACGGCAAGUUUAUCAAAAUGAUUGUUUAAGCUUAAGGUUCUGUUUAGUUUUUGUAAUAAUUUGUAUGAAGAUGAAGUUUGCUUUUCAGUUUAUCUUUUAAUUUGGUAGUUGAUCAAUUUUUAAAAUAAAAUAUAGUCAAACACUUAGAGCGUGUUUAACGCUGGAUCUUAGUUGGGCUCUAAACCCAAAAUGCCAUUUUAAAAUUAAAAAAAAAAAAAAUGUGGUAAGAGCUGGGUUCCAGAAAACCCUACGGAGGAGGCGCCUCUUGUGACUAUUUUUUCGUCUCUCUCUCUCUCUCUCUCCUUUCUCACAGAGAAUUCGUUCUUCUCCGACCAAAUCCAGCCAAAAUCAGCCGCGAGAGAGAUCUCUUCAUCUUCUUCGACUCGGUGGCCGUGUUUGCGGACCCGGCGAAGCAAAGCUCCCAUCAGACCACAUCGUCGAAGGUGAGCCAAAUCGGUUAGAAAGAAGUAGAGAUAGGAGCUAUUCUGUUUUCGUGUAUCUCGGAGUUGAAGAACAAAAGGUUCUCAAGUGUGAUCGCGUGAAUCAAAGAGGUAGCCACAACAAGAUUCAUCAUACAAAAGAAGAUUUAGUUCUGAAGAGGGUUGUACUGAAUCACAGAGGGGGCCGCAGGAAGAGUCAUUCUACAGACAGAACAUCUGGUAAGCUUCUGGUCUUUUUAUUUACAUAUAGAUGUUGUUUGAUGUUUGCGAGAGGUAGAUAAACAUAGAAAUAAACCUGAGUUGUUCUUUGAAUUGCUUUCCCAUGCUGAUUAAUUUUGCAUCCUGUGAAUUGUUCUUUCUUUCUUUGAUCGCUUAUUAGUUUGUUUGCUUGUUUGCUAUAUGUAUAAUCAUCAUGUUUUCAUCUUGUUAAAGCAUUCACACAUCUCCGAUUUGAUGUUUCUUUUUGCUGAUCAAUUCAAAAAUGCAAUACGUAAUUUGAAAUCUAAAUCAUAAAAAGUCAUUUAUAUUAAAGUCGUGUUUCUUGAUGUCUGUCAUUUAUGGUGUGUCCUUUGUUAGAUAGAAACAUAAAAACAUAUACAAACAUUAAAACUUCAUAUAAACAAAUCUACAACAAACAACUACUUCCUAAAACAAUUAAAAGAAAUUAAAAGCAACAUUAAAACUUCAUCUACUUUCCUCUAUUAAAGCUUCCUUUAACUUCGUUUACUUCAUAAACUUCAUCUCCUUCAUCUUUUCUCUAACUCUUCUCUGUAUGGAUUCUCAUCAAAGCCAGUCUUCUGGCUUUGUACACCUACUAAACAGUCAACUACCUAACCAUGAAUACCCAACUCCGUUUAUGAGUUCUUUACCUAGUCCAGACCUUGGAGGUUCUGCUUCACGUGCACAAAAUGGUGAGGACCGUAAGCAAAGGUGCAAGUGGUCAAUAGCUGAAGACCUGGUCCUCAUCAGUGUAUGGUUGAACACCUCCAAGGAUCCACUAGUUGGAAAUGAGCAAAGAGCAGGAACCUUUUGGAAGAAGAUUGCCGCUUAUUAUAAUGCAAGUCCCAAGGUGAUUGGUUUGGCUAAGAGAGAGCAAAGCCACUGUAAGCAAAGGUGGGGGAAGAUAAAUGAGGGUGUCUGUAAGUUCAUGGGUUCAUAUGACGCUGCAACAAAACAGAGGACCAGUGGCCAGAGUGAAGAUGAUGUUCUGAAGGCUGCACAUGAAAUUUUCUUUAACGAUUACAAGGUGAAGUUCUCGUUAGAGCAUGCCUGGAGGGAGCUUAGGAAUGAUCAGAAAUGGUGUGGGGCUUAUGGAAGUAGUCAACAAAGCUCUGGUUCAAAAAGAAAGAGGGUGGGGGAAGAACAAUCUUUUCAGUCAUCAGCAUCUAUGCCCAGUGUCAAUGGAGAGGAUGAACCAAUGGCUAGGCCUAUGGGUGUUAAGGCAGAAAAGACGAAGGCUAAAAGGCCAAUGGGAGAAGAAGGGAAGAAUCUGCAAGAGUUGCGGCAAAUGUGGGAGAUAAAGGCGAAGGACUUAAUUAUGAAGGAUAAACUUAGCAAGACCAAACUGCUUGACAGUUUGCUUGCAAAAACAGAGCCACUUAGUGAAUUAGAAGUGACACUUAAGAACAAACUGAUUACUGAAAUGUUGUCAAUGUAAUCCUUUAAAAUAUAAGUAGAUCAAUGUUAGUCAAUUAGUAGUCUUUGUGAUAAAUGUUAUCAAUCUUGCUUAGAAAUAUAAGUUGAUGUGUAAUAUAAUAAUCUUUGUGAUCAAUGUUAUCAGUCUUUUAAAUAUAAGUUGAUGGUUUUACUUUUUUGUUUUUCAAGGGAACAGAAACCGAAAUGGAAGCAAGAAAACCGAUUGUUUGUGGCCUCUCAGCAAGAGGAAUCAUACCGCCUCUCCCACAAGAAGAUACAGAUGAUGAUGUUGCGGAUAGCACACCAACUGAAGUUGAAGUGGUGGAGAUAUCAGAUGAAGAAGAAGAAGAAAAAGAUAUGGUGGAGUUGAGCUUUGAAGAAUACAGGAGAAACAUGGGGUACUUGAUUAGGGUGGAGGAAUCGGUUGAGGACAUCGAACCUGAGUUCAGAAGGAUGCUGAAAAGGAUGGAACAGGAAGAGAAGAAGCUGAGAGAGGAGAAGUUCAAGGUACUGAACUCGGGAAUCAAGCUAGAAGUAGGCCAAUCUUCUAAGGGUGAUGGUAAGAAGAGGAAGAGAAGAAGCUGAGAGAGGAAGGUCACGGACAGGCUCCUGUAUGUUGUAUUUUGGUUCUUGCAGGUCACGGAUUGUAUGACAUGCAUUUUGUAUGUUUGUGUAGUCACCAGUCACGAGACUCUUGGAUUAUUUUGUAGGCAUGCAUUUUGUAUGUUUGUGUAGUCACGAGAGUUGGUAGUCUUGUAUUAUUGGUAUGGUAGUCUUGUACUUUUGGUUCUCUUGUUCUAUAAAUUAAGAACUAAUUCUCAUUCUACAACACAACUCUUAUUCUCUCAUUCAAGAAACACAACUCGUAUUCUCUCAUUCGAGAAACACAACUCUGCUUCUCUCAUUCAAGAAACACAAACUCUUCUUCUCUCCUUUUUUAUAUUCUCAGUUUGAAUCAGUCACAUUUUUCAAAUUACGCUUGUUCUCCCUUUCUCUAUUAUCAUUUCAAACAAUUCUUGUUCCAAACGUUUAA